UAAAGAAAAUAAGUAUAUUAUGAGAACUGAUAAUACACAAUAUCCACAAAAAAUUAAUGUUUGGGCAGGAAUAAUAAAUAACUUUAUUAUCAGUUUAUUUUUUAUUGAAAGAAAUUUAAAUGGACCUAAGUAUUUGGAAAUAUUGCAGAAUCUUAUUAUUCCAGAGUUGAAUAAUUUGUUUUCUAGAACCGAAAUUAUUUUCCAACAAGAUGGAGCACCUGCUUAUUUUAGCAAAGAUGGAUACCUUAAAACUGAAGUUUUCAAAACACCUUCUAAUAAUAUUGAAGAAUUGAAGCAACGAAUUAUUAAUGAAUACCUCAGAACAAUUAGCAAAUAUUAG